UUCUAUUGGUUAGUGGUGGAAGUGAAUGUGUUCAUUGGAUAAAAAUCUUUAGAUUCUGUUUGAUAGUGAUUUCGGCUGGGCCAGAUUUUUGUAAAUCGAUUUAUAUUUUGUGAAGUUUUGAAAUAAUGAUCGCAUUUAAGUUGUACAGAAGGAUUAGGAGCAUGAGUAUAAGAAACCAAAUAUGAGAGUGGUGCCAACCUUCUAUUUGGUUAAAACGGAGCUUAUAAUUUAACAUAAUAUAAAGUGAGAAAAAUUAAUCCUUGAAUAUGGAUUGGAUAAUUUCCGAUGAGUUGGGUCUGACCGUGGGGCACUUAGUCGGUUGGGGUGCAGCUGGUGCUAUGAUAAUAGGUGGAGUAGCCCCCUACGUACCACAAUACAAGCAGAUCAAAAAGACGCAAGAUGCUGAAGGAUUCUCACUUUAUGUUUGCCUAGCUCUCCUAGUAGCUAAUACCCUUCGUAUUUUAUUCUGGUUUGGCAAAAGAUAUGAAAUCCCAUUGUUAAUACAAAGUAUAGUAAUGAAUGCUACAAUGUUUGUAAUGAUUCACCUUUGUGUAACAGUUCGAAAAAAGAACCAAAUCAUCAGAGCAAGAGAAAGAAUAUUCACUGGUGCAAUAUUCAUGUUAUAUAUACUGUUAUGUUGUGUGAAUGGGUCAGCUCAGCCGGACGAAACGGCUCAUUGGUUGGACCAGAACCAGAGGAGCGGGGGAAUCACGCCAGAGAAGCCUCGCCGCUUCUACGAUAUGGACAGGAAGUAUUUCUGGGCUUGGACCGACUUUCAGAGCUACCUGGACUGUAUGCUAGUGUUCUCAGUGGUCGGGGCGGCCAUCACAUAUCUACUGAUUGAGUUCUCUCCCUUUGUGGAGCUCAUUGGCUUCCUCGCUGUGUUCACAGAGGCCAUGCUCGGCGCGCCGCAGAUAGCCAAGAACUUACGGAACAAGAGCACUGAAGGAAUGAGCCUGAGCAUGGUGGUGAUGUGGACGUGCGGCGACGUGUUCAAGACGGCGUACUUCGUGCUGCGCGAGGCGCCGCCGCAGUUCUGGAUCUGCGGCAGCCUGCAGGUCACGCUCGACCUCGUCAUACUGUUCCAGGUGUGGUUAUACCGGAACAAUACAGCGGAGGCGAGAAGAUCGCGUAGAGGAGACUAGCAGUGGACUGAAACUUACUUAUAGCACUUAUUGUACAGCUGGAGCCGCGCCGCCGCCGGCCGCCACCCAUUCCUACGCCUUUACUACUUUUUAUGAUGAAUCUAUUUUCUACGAAACAUCUUCUUCUACAAGUAUUAUGCGACAUGUCGCCAGAAACUAUUUGGUCUAGCGCUUGACUCAUGGCCCCUGUGUGACGUCACAAGCAGCUAUGAGUUAAACGCCGCAACUUGCUAACAUUUAUUUUUUAAGAUUGCCAACCUACACUCGCUUAUCUUGAUAUUUGGAAGUAAUUUAAUUUUGAUCCAAGUAUUUCCAUAGACUAUAGUGGGUUUUUUACUACAUAAACCCUGUAAUUUUGUAUUAAGUUAUAGUAAAUACAGAAACGGAGAUGUGCCAACGAUGUAACUUUAUGGCAUUUAUAGUCAAUUUGACCAGAACGUUGCGAUGUUUGUUCAUAGUGUCCUGAUAUAUUGAUUUCAUAGGCUAAAGGUGCUAUAGGUAUGUGCCUCGGUAUUAAAUAUGAAUGCCGCGCAGGAUUCGCUAUUAUAGUCAUUGAAUUAAUUGUAAGAUAAUAGAUGAAUUAUUUGGUGAAUUCCAUAUUUUAGUAAAUAAUUUGGUACAAGACCAGUAAGAGACACAAUUACCUUUGUUUUUAAAGGUAAACUUUUACUAUAGGUUGAUGUAUAGUGAGAUACUUCCUAAUGAAUGUAAAGUACUAUUGUUUAAGAUUUGGAUAACAACAGUGAGAUAGCCGCCAAAAUGCUGUCGAUUUUAAUUAGUAAGUUCAUAAUUGUAUAGACAAGAGUAUAAUUUUGAUGUAUUUUUAUUUUAAUGUAACGACAUUAUUUUGUAUAUUUUGAAUGAAUUGAUUUUUAUUCUUCCAAGAUAGCAAUAUUAAUAAAGGAGUUUAUCGAUGUUAGAUACUAUAUAUUACUGAAAUUAUAACUACUUGUGCACGCGUCUGUUUGACGACAUUUAGAGUAGCGACUCAUAUUGAUGAAUGUGGUCAGCGUAGUCGCUUGUGUGUGAAAGUAGUUAGAGCUAGAGGUUGUUCUACUGUUAUUCCAUAUUGUAAGGACGUUUUAAAACUCAGUAGUAUUUCAAAGAUGUAUCUAGUGUUGAAACUCUACAGUUUUAAUUAACGAUUUGAUUAACGCGGUGAGGCUAAUUAUUGUGAUGAUGGCCAACAAUCUUCAAUUAAGAUCAUGUACAUGAUGUUGCAAAAGUGGUUAAGUAAACUGGAACGGUGUAACUCAAAUCGAUAUUCUGUACAACUUCUGGGAUUCUUCUAGGAUUUUUGGAAGUUCAUGAAAAAAGAUCUACUUGAUAGUAAAACGUCACGUGAGAUACAUAGUUUCUAUGAAGAAGACAAAAAUAUUUUCGCGAUAUUUCUAAAGUUGUUGAGUCACUCCUUUUCUUUACUAUACGC